AUGGCAUAUCGCAGAAUUCCGUCCAAGAUGCGUACGAUCAUUGUGAAAAAACUGGCAUCAAAUUUCCGGGAAGCCACUGAAAUUGUUGAGGUUGAAAUUCCCAAACCAGGUCCGAAAGAAAUUCUGGUGAAGAACAGGUAUGUGGGCGUCAAUGCGUCAGAUAUUAACUACACCGCUGGCAGAUACGACCCCAAGAAGAAGCCACCUUUCCCUACAGGAUUUGAGGGUUUAGGUGAAGUAGUUGGUACUGGACCAGAGGCCAGUUUAAAGGUUGGACAGAUUGUGCUGUACUCCAAGUUUGGAGCUUUUUCUGACUAUAUUGCAGUUGAAGAGUCAGCAGCUAUACCAGUCCCAUCAGUCGACCCUGCCUAUCUCUCUCUCAUGGUCAGUGGCCUCACAGCUUCCGUUGCUUUAGAAAAGGAAGCAGAUCUUAAAGCAGGAAAAACAGUGCUUGUCACAGCUGCUGCUGGGGGCACAGGGCAGUUUGCUGUACAGAUAGCCAAACUGGCAGGUUGUCAAGUAAUUGGAACAUGCUCAAGUGAUGAUAAAACUGAUUUUCUAAAGAGCAUUGGCUGUGACCGAGCAGUGAACUACAGAAAAGAGUCGCUGGGUGAAGUUCUGUCCAAAGAGUAUCCGAAAGGUGUAGAUGUUGUUUAUGAAUCUGUUGGAAAUGAAAUGUUUGAUACUGCUCUCAAGAAUCUGGCAAUUUAUGGAAGGCUCAUUGUCAUUGGGAUGAUUUCCACCUAUGAGGGUCAAGAAGUUAAAGAGGGCAAUACUUUCCAGGAUCUGCAAGAGAAGAGGACCGUGAAUAUUCCUAUGACACUCCUUACGAAAUCAGCCAGUGUGCGGGGAUUUUUCCUGCCUCACUAUCGCCCAGACUACGCUCGCCAUAUUGCAAAUUUGGCCAAAUUGUACAAGGAGGGGAAACUAAAGGUAUCUUCAGAUUCGGGAGUUGGCGCUCCGAAUGGACCAUUUGUUGGUUUGGACAAAGUUGCAGAUGCUGUAGAGUACAUGUAUUUGAGGAAGAAUGUUGGAAAAGUCAUCGUGGAACUCGGCAAAGAUGACAAGAGUGCACUGUGA